AUGAGAGGUCGGGAUCAGGACUCCCUCAGCUGUUUGGCUAAAUUGCGCAGACGGUCUGCGCAAGACGAGAAGGUGCAAUUCGAAUGGAAAGUUAUCUUAUCGGAGGUCCAAUUCCAGCAGGCGCUCCUCGAAAGGGAGUAUUCCGACUACGCUCGUCAUUCGCUCCUUGUCGGCGUUAAACAGUGGGUCGAUGUCUUUCGGCGGAGUUACCUCAGGAGGACUCUUGUUGCCUUGGCCAUUCCAUUAUUCCAGCAUCGACUGGGCUACACAUCAGGCAGUUGGGUGGUUCUGUGUGGCCCUGAUUUCAUCUCGUACGGGCCAUUGGCAUGGGUCCUCCCUGCGGAGGUGUUUCCUAGCUCCAAACGUGCCAAGGGGGUUGGUGCAGCUACGGGGAUGAUUUGGUUGGCCAACUCCAUUAUCGGGGUUGUCGUGCCGGAGAUGCUUCUUAAGCUCGAAUGGGGGACGUAUCUCUUCCUUGGAAUUUUCUGUGGGGCUGCCGCCGUAUUUUCAUUCUUCUUCGUUUCAGAGACAUCAAACAAGUCGUUAGCGCAAGGUGCCGCGGUAUUCGGUGACGAACUCAUUGAUGAAAAGCGGAACCUGCAAAGCCGCAUUGCCGGCGAGGUGUGGCAUGGCUGUGGCAGUCAUGCGGAGAAGGAAGCGCGGGUGUGA